CUGUCAGACAAAGACGGAUCCCCAUCACCUAUCGGACUUAAACGUCACGACUGGAUUCGUUCUGAACCUGAGCACGAGCCACGACUUCAUGAACCCCCCGCAUCUGCAACGGCCAUCCACGGCCCCAUUAUUAAUCCCCGUAACUCAGCCAAUGUUCGUGCAACACGGUCUGUUUACGCAGAUUGGCCCGAUCCACCACCGUCACCUCCCAUGGGUAGUCUGGCUUCCGCUAAUCGUCCGACAUCAAUAACAACCGGAUUGACGCCGACACCGCCGAAGAAACAGCGGAGAUUCUUUCGAUUUCGUUCGAACACCACCUCAUCACGUGGAACAUUUUCAUCCCGGGAGCAAAUCCACUCGGAACCUGUGGUCGAUGAUGGAUAUUGCUGUGGUAUUUUGCUCUCUUUACCCCUCUCUUCCGUUCAACUACUCACCUAUUCGCCUUCUGCCACAACAGGUUUCAUCGAACCUUCGCUGACUGUGAGCACAGAAAACAAAAGUCACCCGUCUAGCAAGCGCCCCCGUUUCGGUUCUCGGCUUCAACGCCUGUUUCGUCGAUCUGUGACCCGACGACGUAAAUCAGACGACCACUUGACACGAUCCCAGUCGUUGGAGCGUCGUUUGGCUAACAGCGGUGCAGAUACUCAUUCCAUUUAUUAA